GUCUGUAUCCCAUCCGGCUCUAGCUGUUGUUCACUACGUCCUGCUGGAGGGUUUUGUGUUGUCAGCUUCAUAUUGGUGCAUUUUUCCACACUUUUCUUGGUAUAAAUCAUGUACGACCAGGACGAAGAUAAUCAGUAUGAUGAGGAUGAUGAUGAAAUCACUCCAGAUCUGUGGCAGGAGGCCUGCUGGAUCGUCAUCAGCUCUUAUUUUGAUGAGAAGGGUCUGGUACGGCAGCAGCUGGACUCAUUUGAUGAAUUUAUCCAGAUGUCGGUUCAGAGGAUUGUGGAGGAUGCUCCGCCCAUCGACCUUCAGGCCGAGGCUCAGCACACGUCAGGGGAGGUUGAGGAGCCGCCUCGCUACCUGUUGAAGUUUGAGCAGAUCUACCUGUCAAAGCCGACCCACUGGGAGAGAGAUGGCGCUCCAUCUCCCAUGAUGCCCAACGAGGCCCGCCUCCGAAACCUCACGUACUCGGCCCCCCUGUACGUGGACAUCACAAAAACCAUCAUUAAGGAGGGUGAGGACCAGCUGCAGACCCAGCACCAGAAGACUUUCAUCGGGAAAAUUCCCAUCAUGCUCCGCUCCACGUACUGUCUGUUGAGUGGCCUAACAGACAGAGAUCUGUGCGAACUGAACGAGUGUCCGCUGGACCCUGGAGGAUACUUCAUCAUCAACGGCUCCGAAAAGGUGCUGAUUGCGCAGGAGAAGAUGGCCACCAACACAGUGUAUGUAUUCGCUAAGAAGGACUCCAAGUACGCCUACACAGCUGAGUGUCGGUCCUGUUUGGAGAAUUCAUCUCGACCCACCAGCACCAUCUGGGUCAGCAUGAUGGCCAGAGGAGGACAGGGGGUGAAGAAAAGCGCCAUCGGACAGAGGAUCGUGUCCACGCUGCCCUACAUCAGACAGGAAGUUCCCAUUAUCAUCGUGUUUCGGGCGCUGGGCUUUGUGUCAGACAGAGACAUCCUGGAACACAUCAUCUAUGACUUUGACGAUCCUGAGAUGAUGGAGAUGGUGAAGCCGUCUCUGGACGAGGCGUUUGUGAUCCAGGAGCAAAACGUUGCACUGAAUUUUAUCGGCUCCAGAGGAGCGAAACCUGGUGUGACGAAAGAACGGAGGAUUAAAUAUGCCAAAGAGGUUCUGCAGAAGGAGAUGCUGCCUCACGUCGGAGUCAGCGACUUCUGCGAGACCAAAAAAGCCUAUUUCCUAGGGUACAUGGUCCAUCGGCUGCUUCUUGCUGCUCUUGGCAGACGAGAGCUGGAUGACAGAGAUCACUAUGGCAACAAGAGGCUGGACCUGGCCGGACCUCUGUUGGCGUUCCUGUUCAGAGGCAUGUUCAAGAACCUGCUGAAGGAGAUCAGGAUUUAUGCUCAGAAGUUCAUCGACAGAGGGAAGGACUUCAAUCUGGAGUUGGCCAUCAAAACCCGAAUCAUCUCCGAUGGCCUCAAAUACUCACUGGCCACUGGAAACUGGGGCGACGUGAAGAAGGCUCACCAGGCCCGAGCCGGGGUGUCUCAGGUGUUGAACCGUCUCACAUUUGCAUCCACGCUGUCCCACCUUCGUCGUGUCAACUCCCCCAUCGGCAGAGAUGGAAAACUGGCAAAACCUCGACAGCUGCACAACACAUUGUGGGGGAUGGUGUGUCCGGCCGAGACUCCAGAGGGCCAUGCUGUGGGUUUGGUCAAGAACUUGGCCCUGAUGGCCUACAUCUCUGUGGGUUCUCAGCCGUCCCCCAUCCUGGAGUUUCUGGAAGAGUGGAGUAUGGAAAACCUGGAGGAGAUUUCACCUGCUGCCAUCGCAGAUGCCACAAAGAUAUUCGUGAACGGUUGUUGGGUUGGAAUCCACAAAGACCCCGAGCAGCUGAUGAACACACUGAGGAAACUCCGCAGACAGAUGGACAUCAUCGUGUCCGAGGUAUCGAUGAUCAGAGAUAUCAGAGAACGUGAGAUCAGAAUCUACACCGAUGCUGGACGAAUCUGUCGACCUCUGCUGAUUGUGGAGAAACAGAAACUCCUGCUGAAGAGACGCCACAUCGACCAGCUGAAGGAGAGAGAGUACAACAACUACAGCUGGCAAGACCUGGUGGCGAGCGGUGUGGUGGAGUACAUCGACACCCUGGAGGAGGAGACAGUCAUGCUCGCCAUGACACCUGACGAUCUUCAGGAAAAGGGCGUGGCCUAUUGUUCAACAUACACACACUGUGAGAUCCACCCAUCCAUGAUCCUAGGAGUGUGUGCUUCCAUCAUCCCCUUCCCCGACCACAACCAGUCUCCCAGGAACACGUACCAGUCUGCCAUGGGUAAACAGGCCAUGGGCGUCUACAUCACCAACUUCCAUGUGCGAAUGGACACACUGGCCCAUGUGCUGUACUACCCUCAGAAACCACUGGUCACCACCAGGUCCAUGGAGUACCUGCGCUUCCGAGAGCUGCCUGCAGGUAUCAACUCCAUCGUGGCUAUUGCUUCGUACACGGGUUACAACCAGGAGGACUCUGUGAUCAUGAACAGGUCUGCAGUGGACCGAGGCUUCUUCAGGUCUGUGUUCUACCGAUCGUACAAAGAACAGGAGUCGAAGAAGGGCUUUGACCAAGAGGAGAUCUUUGAGAAACCAACCCGUGAGACCUGUCAGGGUAUGAGACACGCCAUCUACGAUAAACUGGACGAUGACGGCCUCAUCGCGCCUGGAGUCCGUGUCUCCGGAGAGGACGUGAUCAUUGGGAAAACGGUGACUCUGCCAGAGAACGAUGAUGAUCUGGACACUACCAACCGGCGCUACACCAAGAGGGACUGCAGCACCUUCCUCAGAACCAGCGAGACCGGCAUCGUGGACCAGGUGAUGGUGACCCUGAACCAGGAGGGCUACAAGUUCUGCAAGAUCAGGGUUCGCUCAGUCCGAAUUCCUCAGAUCGGAGACAAGUUUGCCAGUCGACAUGGGCAGAAAGGAACCUGUGGAAUCCAGUACAGACAAGAGGACAUGCCCUUCACCUGUGAAGGCAUCACACCUGACAUCAUCAUCAACCCCCACGCCAUCCCAUCCAGAAUGACAGUCGGCCAUCUGAUCGAGUGUCUGCAGGGCAAGGUUUCUGCGAACAAAGGUGAGAUUGGCGAUGCCACGCCGUUCAAUGACGCCGUCAACGUGCAGAAAGUGUCCAACCUGUUGUCUGAAUACGGAUAUCACCUGAGAGGAAAUGAGGUUCUGUACAACGGCUUCACGGGAAGGAAACUGACGUCUCAGAUUUUCAUCGGUCCGACUUAUUAUCAGCGUCUCAAACACAUGGUGGACGAUAAGAUCCACUCCCGGGCCAGAGGACCGGUCCAGAUCCUGAACAGACAGCCCAUGGAGGGACGGUCCCGUGACGGCGGUCUUCGUUUCGGGGAGAUGGAGCGGGACUGUCAGAUCGCUCACGGAGCGGCUCAGUUCCUGAGGGAGCGUCUGUUCGAGGCAUCCGAUCCGUAUCAGGUCCACGUCUGUAACCUGUGCGGUCUGAUGGCCAUCGCCAACACACGGACGCACACCUACGAGUGUAGAGGCUGUCGCAAUAAGACGCAGAUCUCUCUGGUCCGGAUGCCAUACGCCUGUAAACUUCUUUUCCAGGAGCUGAUGUCAAUGAGCAUCGCUCCUCGCAUGAUGACAUCAUAGAGGUUUGGCCAAUCAGAUGCCUCCUCAGAGCAGAACAACAUCCAUAUUUGUUUUUACAGUCAUGUAUUUUGUUCUUCUAUUUGUAGAAUAAAUGUUUUUUUUGUCACUGA